CUUUUUUGGAUGGGGCGAUUCAUCCCCUCGGUACUCAUCCGACUUUCCAACUAUUAGAUUCCAUGCAUUACUGUUGACGGUGAUUCUGGAAAGAAACGUUCAAAUUUGUGGCCAUCAGAGCCCCUCCCCCCCCCAGCUGCCAAUCAUAAUCAUACGCUUAAUGAAUUCUUAUCUCUCCAUCGGUUUCGCUCCUUCCCGUCUCCUCUUCCUCUCUGACCCGUUUGCUCCCACCACCCCCUCCUCCCUUAACAGGUGAUGCUUCCACAACCACUCCUCCAAAUUCUAUCUGUUGCUGCUGCUGAAAAUUAAAAAUCUUUCCAAUGGAUAAAACGGAGCCGCUCCUCCCCACCAGCACUCCUAGAAGAAAGCUUCUCCCCUCCACUCCCCCCUCCUCCAUCCUCUGCUCCCUCCCCGAAGACGGCGAGAUCUCCAUCCCCUUCUCCCCUUCCCCUUCCUCCUCCCCCCCUUCCCUCAAAGAACGCCUCAUCUUCGGCUCCUCCUCCGACCUCCAAUCUUCCAUCUGUCCCGAAGCCCUUUCCCUCAUCACCUCCCCCUCCACCACCUCCACCCCAUCACCCCCAAUCGUACCAUCCGACCACCGACUUCCCAUCAUCCCCAGAUCUCCGGUCGCUGCCUCAGCGGCAGCGGCGGAAGGCCCGUCGUCGUCGUCGUCAUGGCUGACGGACCCGUCGGCGUUGGCCAUGGGGCGGAGCAACCUGCACAGGUCGCGCACCGCCCCGGCCAUGUCGGCCAUCGACGCCCACGACCAGCAGCCGCCGUCGGCGUCCCCCCGCCGCCCCUCCAUCGUGGGGCAGGCCAUCGCCCUCCUUGCCAUCUACCUCUCCCUAGGCGUCCUCGUCUAUACCCUCAACCGCUCCCACUUCGCCGCCGCCGAGACCCAGCCCGUCGUCGACGCCCUCUACUUCUGUAUCGUCACCAUGUGCACCAUCGGCUACGGCGACAUCACACCCGCUACCCCCACCGCCAAGAUCUUCUCCAUCACCUUCGUCCUCGUCGGCUUCGGCUUCGUCGACAUCCUCCUCUCAGGCAUGGUCUCCUACGUCCUGGACCUCCAGGAGUCCCUCCUCCUCGGCGCCGUCGCCAACCCCCAGCACAACCGCAACGGCGCCCCCGGGGCCAAGCACCACUACCGUCGGGACGUCGCUCGCCACUACAUCGUCGACGUCAAGAAGGGCCGCAUGCGCAUCCGCAUGAAGGUCGCCCUUGCCCUCGGAGUCGUCUUGCUCUGCAUCGGCGUCGGCACCGCCGUGCUCCGCUUCGUCGAGCACCUCGGCUGGCUCGACUCCUUCUACCUCUCCGUCAUGUCCGUCACCACCGUCGGCUACGGGGACCGCGCCUUCAAGACCAUGCCCGGCCGGCUCUUUGCAUCGCUGUGGCUCCUCGUGUCCACGCUCGCCGUGGCCCGUGCCUUCCUCUACCUGGCCGAGGCCAGGAUAGAUAAGAGGCACCGAAUGAUUGCAAAGUGGGUGCUUUCCAGGGACAUGACCAUCGCCGAGUUCCUCGCCGCCGACAUCGACAACAACGGUUUUGUCACGAGAUGUUAUCAAGAGUAUAUAAGAUUAAGGUUUGAAGGAUUAUUUGGGAGCUACCCAUAAAGAACAUUGAACUUGGUUGGGGUACCCUUUUUGAGAUCCUAUUCCCACAUCUGCUCUUUUUGUGAGUGCUUUCUAUCUUUUCUGAUGCUUUUUCCUUACAAUGCUCACCCUUUCUAUCUUUUUCCUUACAAUGCCCACCUAUCAUAAUCUGCUUUCUCCUUAGAAUGCUCACCCAUCAUAAUCUGGCAGAGCAAAAAGGUUAUUAAAAUAUGCAAGCUCUAGAGCUGAGUGGAGAGGGGGGCAGUCUACAAAUUUCUAUCAGCACUUCUUGAUAAAUAUCUUUGGUACCUUUCUUGAGGUUGAUUUCUCUUGCCAUUCAGAGUACUAAUGUUAAUCCUUAGCAUGAUGAGAAGUGUAGCAGAAAGAGAUAUAGGUGGUUAGAUAUGGGUCUUAGGGUAGCAGGGAGAGACUUGUGCAGCCCAGAGAAGAGGGCAGGCUGCUUUAGAAUUGUGUUUGCAGAAAUAAAAUCAGAUAUUUUCAAAUCUGGCUUUGUCCAUUAUAUUCAACCGAGAGCAUUGACAUAAUAGCAGCAGCGAAUGAACUAGGAAGAGA